CAACACAACAUCAGCAACAGGUAGUUGUACGGCGGGAUCACUACCGAGCUAUCCACUCUUUUCCUCAGUGGACUACACACGUUGUUCCCCUUCUCAGAAUUUCUGGGAAAUUGGGGAAUCUGUUUUCAAAGUCUCUACAAGAUGAACCCAACCAUCUCUGUUCCUCGUCAACAUGCCAGCCCUGCCAGCUUUGGCGGCACAACCCCAACGAGUCGCGGAUCCAGUAUACGGAUGCCGCGUUUCUUCAAGAGGCUAUUCAAGUUCCCGCAGAUGGACUUUGAAAUGGCAAUCUGGGAGAUGACAUCACUAUUGCUAGCUCCUAAGAAGGUGUUCAAAUCAAUUUACUAUCAUGUAAAAACCAAAAACACCUGGCACCGUCCGGACCCCUCCUUUACGUAUUUGCUCUCCUUCUUUCUCCUGCUCACUGCGCUCGCAUGGGGCCUGGCUUAUGCGCCGGCCUUUGGCUCGAUCGUCCGCCUGUCGCUGCUCUUUAUUUUUGUCCACUUCAUCGGUUCCUCGCUGGUGGUAUCAACAAUAGCCUACUUUGCGAUCCCACGACUGUUUGGCCCUGACGGUGCGGCUGCAUCCCUGUCCGGAUUCAGAGGGUCUCGCGGACGGAGGCGCGGCGCGGCACAAGGCUUGUUCGUGCAGCCUGGGGAGAAGGAUCAACUGGAGUUUGGAUACUGUUUCGAUGUGUCGAACCGGGCCUUCUUCCCUCUAUAUCUCCACCUCUAUGUCAUUCAAUUCCUUCUUCUGCCCUUACUCACCCGCAGUCCGAGCGACUUCCUCGCUACUUUCCUGGGAAAUACGCUCUAUCUCUCCGCGCUGAUCUACUACACCUACAUUACCUUUCUGGGGUACAAUGCCCUCCCGUUCCUACACAACACCGAGCUCCUCCUCCUCCCGAUCCUGGUCUUGUCCAUCCUCUGGCUCGUGAGUCUUAUUGCGGGCUGGGGCGUGGAGUGGUUGUUUUGGGGUGUCUGAUGUCCUUGACCGUGCUCGAAAUUGACACCGUCGUGCUAAGAUAGCGUUCAUGCGUUGACUGAUACAUGCACUGUUCAUAUAUAUAUCCCACUUUUUCCUCCCUCUGCUCCCAUCGAGCUCAGAAAAUAGGGCGUUGGUGUACAUGGGUGUCAAUUGGUUUGUUUUGUCUUUUCGUGAUUCGGGUGCAAAAUCUGCAUAACGUGGCAUGUUGUAAUGGUUUCGGCUUGGGGGUGCGUCUUGCGUUGUAAAUAGAUCUUUGACCUGCUUAUGGCGAGUUCGUUUGGGGUGAUCACCCACUAAGUUCUCUAUAUUUGGCUCCGUGUUACAAUAUCCUUGGAAGUGUUUAAAUGCAGAGGAGAUGCCAAGCA